UCCUAGAGCGGCUGGGCGGGCCUUGUUUCCGGCCUGUGUCAGGCCCGGGCCCAGCCGAUCGGGCAGCGAUUAGGAGAUUAGGACGGACAGAAGGCGCCCAGGCACCUGGUUUCCCAGGGGCGGCUUCGAGGGCCCGCGGGGUUGGGGUCCACAAACAGCGAGUGGAGCCAGGAUCUUGAGGCGCGGCCGGGGGAGGUUCGGGUGUGGUCAGGAGAGUGGUGGGAGGAGCAGAGCCUCACUGACCCGGAGAAGGGCUCCUCUGGCAUGAUAAUACCGAGGUUGAGAUGAAUAACAAGGUAAGCAGUCCUUUGGCCACUGUCCCCACCUGUCCUGCCUCCAGCUAGCUCUGUGAAGGCAACCUGAGCCCUCUUUUCUGUUUUUCUCAGAGUUUAUUAAUUUUUGCAGUACUGGAAUUGAACCCAGGGUCUUCUAACAGAACUAUAUCCUUAGUCUUUUUGUUUUCAUUUUGAGCCAGGAUCUCCUUAAGUCACUAUGUUGCCCAGGGCAUGCAUUUAUGAUCCUCUUGCAGAUUACAGGCAUGCACCACCAUACAUAGCUACAUUAAGACAUUUUAAAAUCAGAAAAAAAGUUUUACCCAUGGUCGGGGCCUGGAGGCGAAGGGUAGAGAGACCAAAGCCACGUUGUGUCCAAGUCAGCUGUGAUACAUUAGCACGGAGACCGACUUGAGCAGGUCUGGAAGCCAAUUUCAAGUGUCAAGUGGGCAGCUGCAGGCUGAAGGUGGCCUAGGAUGGAUCCUGAGGACUGCACAGUUAAACCCUGAAGGCAGGAUAGUGGGCUGUAUGGGAGAGGAAAAGAAGAUGAGGGAUCAGCACUAAGCCAGUGGGAUGAUCAGGAAGGUACUGGAUGUGGAGACUGAGACCAGGAGAUCCAUAGGCCAGGCAGGUACAAAGGGACAAGGAAAGCAUACAGGACCUCAGAUCCUCUUUGGAACCCCUGUAUCUCACUGCUUCAGCUGCCACAGAUGGUACUGUGCCCCUGACCCGGCCUCCCCACUGACCUUGCAGCCAGGCUCUGUCCUCUCCCUUGCCCCUUCCCAGCCCUGCUGCCCUCUUUUGAUCUCCCUGCCUCAGCCUGGCUCCCUGCUUGCCCUGCCUCUGCCGGCAGAUACAGCUGCCUAGAGAGUUGCCUUCCUGCAUUUCCUUCGUGCAGUCUCUGUUGCCUUCUGCUCUCAGCUGAUUUCUGGGCCUCUGUCUAUGGUUCUGAGAUUAGCAGUACCUGUGACUGUGCAUGCCUCCCCUCAGCUGUACCAAAGAAGAAAUAAUUGGUAAAUGAGAUCUGAAGGAUGACAGGAACUUGCUGGGAGGGAUGGAAAGGAAGCAAAAAUGAAAAACCUCAGAAAGGGUAGUGCGUUGACCCAAAGUCAUGGCCAGACAGGGGUAGAGGCUGAAGCCAGCUUGUGUGGGCAGCUCAGGAUGGAGCUGUCAGUAAUGCCUAGGAAAAAGAUGGGCCCAGAGUUUGCCUCAGAGCUGGUUCAGGGGCCUGUUAGGGUGAUUUGUGAGGGUGGAGGGAAACAGAUGUUUGGGGAGAUGCUGGGGAGCAUAAGGUGAGGUAACAGACAUGUCCCCAUCAGCCAGAUGUUUUUCAGGGACACCUGCCUGCCUAAAGCAUAUGCUAACACCAAAUGCAUUUCCAUCAGUCCCUAACUUAAAGCUGUAGGUACUUAUGCAGUUUUCAUGUGCCAGGCAGGAAAUUGGGCUCCGAGAGGUGAGGUAACUUGCUCAGAAAACAUAUUGUUGAUAUGGAAUUCCCACAUGUGAUGCAGUAGUCUAUUUAGUGAGCCCCCUUCCAAAGUACUGAUUGAGGAGUCUUAGGGAAGAGGAUAAGCUAGUGCGGAGGGAGCGGGUAGGGGUUUACCUGAAGAGAGAGAGGGGAAGUCAGUCAGCACAAUGAGCAGACAAAGCUGAGGAUAUUGCCAAGAAAGAGUGGUAGUGAUGCAUCUUCAAAAAUCAAGCAAGAAAUUGGGUGAACCAUCCUUGAAGUUGAGUAUGGGGACAGCCUGGUAGUACAAGGCUAAUGGUGAAGGAAAUAGGGGAUGGGAGUUGUCCUUAUGUAACACCUGGCUCUCAAACAAUUUGGGGUCUGGUUCACUUCAGAGAGGGCUGAACCUAAUGGUCAGGCACCUCUCACUUGCUUUGGUAUUGUCCUAGCACUGUACUAGACACUGGGGCCAAGCCCCACGGAGCUGGCCUCAGAGCAGCUACUAUCUGGUCCUCCUCCCUAGCACACUCUUAGGGCUCAGGAUGGGCCCUGAUCCAGGCCCACCUUGCUAGGUGUCCACACCAAGUUGAACAGGGUACAGGGCUCCAAGAGAGAUCCUAGGUUAAAGGGCUACCCCCCGCCAUUUCCUGAGAAUCUCCUGGAAGGACUGGGAGAUUCUUUAAUUCAAGGGGCACCUGCCCCUCAUGUGGGAGUGAGUCUUCAGGACGACAAGGCCUGUGGUUCCAAGACAUGGUAAGUUUUGAGAACAUGGCUUAUGUAUUUCAUGGGGUGGGGGGAUGUACUUUUCUUAGGAGGAGGAAUAAGGCCAUGUAAUUCACUUGGGUGUAUACCUGGGUCCUCAGCAGAAGGCACUGUACCUGGAUGGGAUGCUAAAUAAGCACCACACCCUGAGGGCUCUGGGUGAUCACCAGGUGCUUGCCUCCCAUGACUAAUUGGUUCCCAGUCCAUGUUGGGGUGUCUUAGUCCCAGCAGAAAAUGUCCAAUGGACUCUUCUGUUUUCUCUCCCCUCUGAAUCUCCUCGGGAGAACAUCUGUCAGCCUCUGUAGUUCCUGGUCAGCUGCAGCUCUGAUUGUCUUCAACUGACCAUUUCCUUCUCCAUGAACAGGUAGGUUUUCCAGUGUCCAGGUUCUGGGUCAUCUCCAAGCUGGGGGAUAGGGAGAUGCCAUGGCUCUCCAUGAAAGAGGCCUUUCUGUCCAGAUUCUCAGGUGAAGACAAAAUGCGAACAUUUAACUCCAAAGCAAAAAAUGUUUUGAAAAAGAAUUACAAGGAGUAACCCAGAAAGUUUUCCUAAGAGUGUGGCCCUUUCUGCCUGAUGCUGGAGGAGGUAUCCUGAUGAUCCUUGGAUGUCUGUUCACUUGAGCACUAAGGAGACAGGUGGCAAUGUCCCAGACACAGGAUUACGAGUGCCGGAGUCACCAUGUUGACGGGCAGGAGUCCAGGAUUCCAGGAUCAAGUACCAGGCUGGAGUGGGUGGAAAUCAUCGAGCCGCGCACCCGAGAGCGUAUGUAUGCCAACCUGGUCACAGGCGAGUGCGUGUGGGAUCCCCCGGCCGGUGUGCGCAUCAAGCGCACCAGCGAGGACCAGUGGUGGGAGCUCUUCGACCCCAACACAUCACGCUUCUACUACUACAGCGCCGCCUCUCAGCGCACUGUGUGGCACCGCCCCCAGAACUGUGACAUCAUCCCGCUGGCCAAGCUCCAGACGCUGAAGCAGAAUACCGAGUCCCCGCGCGCGUCGGCGGAUAGCAGCCCGGGUCGCGGCAGCCGUGAAGGCAGCACUGGCUCUUCGCUGGAGCCGGAGCCCGACGCUGCCACUGAGAAGACGCAGGAGCUGCCAACCAGGGCUGGUCGGCAGGUGGCGCUGGGAAGCGCCAGGGAGGAAAGCGGCAGCUCCUCUCCACCAGGCAUGCUCCUUGAGAAGGACUGUGAAGUUUACCGAGAUUACAGUGUGGAUGGCCAGCUCCUUCACUACAGGACAUCCUCCCUCCGGUGGAACUCGGGCACCAAGGAGCGCAUGCUCAUCAAGGUCCCUGACCGAGAGCCCAGCUUCCUUGCCCCUCAGGGCAAUGGCUACCCACUGGAGGGCCAGCCUGGGGGCCGCCCCCGCAGACCCUCUGGCAGCCAGCACUCACCCAACCUGCAGACCUUCACCCCUGAUGCAGAUGGCGCUGUCUUCUUCCCAGAGAGGCGGCCCUCGCCUUUCCUGAGGAGAGCUGAGCUCCCUGGGACCUGCUCCCCGCUGCUUGCACAGUCCCGGAAGGCCUCCAGUGACUCACAGCCAUCCUCCCCACGCUAUGGCUAUGAGCCCCCACUCUAUGAGGAGCCGCCCAUUGAGUACCAGGCCCCCAUCUAUGAUGAGCCUCCCAUUGACAUGCAGUUUGAGGUCAGUGGCCCCUACCAGGCUGGUUCCCCACAGAGGUCACCAGGUCGAAAGCCCCGCCCAUUCCUGCCCGCUGCCAAACAGGCCCCUGCAUCACCCUGCCAGCAGCUGGUACGCACCAAGCAGAGAUGCCCUGAGCGCUUCUUAAGCCUGGAGUAUAGCCCUGCAGGCAAGGAGUAUGUCCGCCAGUUGGUGUAUGUAGAGCAGGCAGGCUCCAGCCCUAAGCUUCGCUCUGGGCCCCGGCACAAAUAUGCACCCAACCCUGGUGGUGGCUCCUAUUCCCUGCAACCCAGCCCCUGCCUGCUGAGAGACCAGCGCCUGGGAGUCCUGUCUGGAGACUAUAGCACCAUGGAGGGGCCUGAACCACGACACAGCCAGCCACCCACACCACUGCCACAGGCCCAGGAGGAUGCCAUGUCCUGGUCCAGCCAGCAGGACACCAUGUCCUCCACAAGCUACUCCCCAGGCACACGAAAGAGAAAGAGCAGAAAGCCCUCUCUGUGCCAGGCCCCCAACACCUCUGCUGACAGCCCAGGGGACCUGCUAGGCGAGCAGCAACUGGCUGAGGAGCGUUCUCCGUGUGGGACCAGCCUUGCCCAGGUGAAGCGUGUAGAGGCCGAGGCAGAUGCUGCACGGGGUGCAGCUGAGCCCUUCCUAGCACAGGCACGGCUAGCAUGGGAGGCACAGCAGGCCCACUUCCACAUGAAGCAGAGGGGCAGCUGGGACUCCCAGCAGGACGGCUCAGGCUACGAGAGUGAUGGUGCUGUGCCACUGCCCAUGCCUGGGCCUGUGGUGCGUGCCUUCAGUGAGGACGAGGCACUGGCGCAGCAGGAGAGCAAGCACUGGAAGCGGAGCACCUUUGAGAAGCUGGGCUUCCCCCAGGUCCUGCUGGAGAAGAGUGUCUCUGUGCAGACUAACCUGGCCUCCCCGGAGCCUUACCUCCACCCCUCCCAGUCUGAGGACCUCGGUGCCUGUGCCCAGUUUGAGAGCAGCCGGCAGAAUCGCAAUGCAGUGCCCAGCUCUAGCUGUGUCUUCCCCACCUUCACGCUACGCAAGCCAUCCUCAGAAACAGACAUUGAAAACUGGGCCUCCAAGCAUUUCAACAAGCACACCCAGGGCCUCUUCCGCCGGAAGGUAUCCAUUGCCAACAUGCUGGCCUGGAGUAGUGAGUCCAUCAAGAAGCCCAUGAUUGUAACCAGUGACCGGCAUGUAAAGAAGGAGGCCUGUGAGAUCUUCAAGCUAAUUCAGAUGUACAUGGGUGACCGGCGGGCCAAGGCUGACCCACUGCACGUGGCUCUGGAGAUUGCUACCAAGGGCUGGAGCAUGCAGGGCCUGCGGGACGAGCUCUACAUCCAGCUGUGCCGGCAGACCACUGAGAACUUCCGCCUGGAGAGCCUGGCCCGAGGCUGGGAGCUUAUGGCGAUCUGCCUGGCCUUCUUCCCACCCACGCCCAAGUUCCAUUCCUACCUGGAGGGCUACAUCUACCGGCACAUGGACCCCGUCAAUGACACCAAAGUGACACAGCACAUAAAAGAGCUCCUGGAAAGAAACACUAAGAAGAAGUCCAAAUUGAGAAAGAAACCCAAGCCUUAUGUUGAAGAGCUGGAUGGGGUGGCGAUAAGCACCUACGCCAAGUACUGUUACCACAAGCUGCAGAAGGCGGCCCUGACAGGGGCCAAGAAGGGGCUGAAGAAGCCCAACGUGGAGGAGAUCCGGCAUGCCAAGAACGCCGUGUUCAGCCCAUCUAUGUUUGGCAGCUCACUGCAAGAGAUCAUGAGUAUGCAGAAGGAGCGUUACCCGGACAGGCAGCUGCCUUGGGUACAAACGCGGCUCUCCGAGGAAGUGCUGGCACUCAAUGGUGACCAGACGGAGGGCAUCUUCAGGGUUCCUGGGGACAUUGAUGAAGUGAAUGCCCUGAAGCUGCAGGUGGAUCAGUGGAAGGUGCCUACAGGCCUGGAGGACCCCCAUGUCCCUGCAUCACUGCUGAAGCUGUGGUAUCGGGAACUUGAGGAGCCCUUGAUCCCGCACGAGUUCUACGAGCAGUGCAUCGCACACUACGAGAGCCCAGAAGCUGCAGUGGCAGUGGUACACGCGCUACCCCGCAUCAACCGCAUGGUGCUGUGCUACCUCAUCCGAUUCCUCCAGGUGUUUGUGCAGCCCGCCAAUGUGGCCAUCACCAAGAUGGACGUCAGCAACCUCGCCAUGGUGAUGGCACCCAACUGCCUACGCUGCCAGUCAGAUGACCCACGCAUCAUCUUCGAGAACACGCGAAAGGAGAUGUCCUUCCUGCGUGUGCUAAUCCAGCACUUGGACACCAGCUUCAUGGAAGGAGUGCUAUAGCGCGGGCCUGGGCAGCAUGGGGCCCCGCCGCGAACCAGGAGCAGCCAGGCCAGGGCCGCGCCACCUUGCCCCGAGAAGUGCCUUCUGUUCCCAGUGCCGAGCACAUUGCCCUCCCCUUCCUGGGCUCAGGGCUGGCGGACAGGGGGCGAGAGUAUUUUUUUCUUGGGGUAGUCUGGAAUCUGUGCAUAGAGAUAUAAAUAGAAUGACAACGACGUUUGCUAAAAGACAUUCUAAUCCGACACCAUUCGCCUCAGGUACGACCUUGUGUCGCCACCCUGUGGCGUUGACCAGCCUAGCGUCGGUUACAGUUUCCACCCGGAAUCAGUUUUGCCAACUGUUGUCAAACUUCAUUUCUCCCCAAUUUUUAUAUAUAUAUUUUUAGAGUUUUUAUUUAUUAAAAAUAAGCCCAGUCCGCCGCGUCCCGUGACGCAGGGUCCUCCUUCCAAUGGGCCUUGACUUCUCGAGGCAGCUCGGCGCUGGCGCUCGCUCUGGCGCUUCGUGUGAAUAAAGUUCAUGUGGAUACUCGG